AUGGCGCUCUCCGCGGCCGCGGCGCUCGCGGCUGCGGCAGGCGCCGUGGCGUGGCUGGAUGCGCGCAGCAAGGCGGCAAAGCCAGAGCUCGUCUUUGAUCCAAACUGCGAGUUCACAACAACAGUGCUGUCGCGCUGCCCGACGCUCAAGUCCGAGUACCGGCCAGUGCCCCUGCUGACCAACCCCCAUGUCGAGACCAUCGCCAUUGCGAAGCUGCGGUCAGACCCCAAGCUGCCCUUCAGGCGCGAGAUCAUCCUGACGAAGGACGGCGGCGCCGUGGCCAUAGACUGGGAGCACUUUGACAUGGAGGAGCACGAGUUGCCUGAGGACGCCCCCGUGAUCGUCCUGCUGCCCGGCCUGACGGGAGGCAGCACCGACACCUACAUCCAGCACGCGGUGCAGCAGGCCCGCGCCGUCGGCGUGCGCGCGGCGGUGUUCAACAGCCGCGGCACCGCGUCGAGCCCCGUCCUGACGCCGCAGUUCUACUCGGCGUCCUUCACCGACGACACCCGGGAGGUGCGCUGA